ACCAUCCUCGACUCGCCCAGUUGCACUAACACCUAGCAGACCGUACCAAACCCAGCCAGAGCUCUCGUUACACAAGAUCCACCCCACCAUCCGACCAUCUUCACACGAACCUCGCCAAAACUUUUCCUCCAUACUUCACGACACAGCAACAACACAAAAAUGGCCACCCCACUAUCCGCCUCCCUGAGCACCCUCACCACACUGAUCACGCACUGCCGGGCGUCGCUCGCCGCCGCCUCCACCUCCGCCGCCUCCACCUCCGCCGCCUCCACCUCCGCCGCCCCACCGCCCGCCAGCUUCGACGCCCUCGCCGCGCUGCACUCGACCGCGACGCUGGCGCGCGCGCACAUCACGAACCUCUCCGUCACUUUACGACCACCCAUUACCAGUGGCGGCGUAGAAAAAUUCACCAGCGAGCUCAGCAGCACAAUAAUCCCGUCUCUGACAGCGGCGGCAUGUUCGCUCUCAGCAGCUGCGCACGGUCGCGCGCUAACGCUCGAGGCGCGGGCAGCGACGGACUCGCUGCUGGCCGCAAUCGGCGAGUACAUCGCUGCUGUGGCCGGGGGGCGGGGUGACGCUCGGCUGCCGAACACGGGGGUUGUGUGGAGUGCUGCUGAUCGGGUGCUUAAGUUGCGGGAGCUGGGGAAUGGGGGGGUGGUGGAGCGCGAUGUGGGGGCGUGGGCGGAGUGUGUGGAUGAUGCGCGCGAGGAGUUGAAGGGGUGGGUUGAGGAUGAGGAUCUCGACGGGAGUGAGUCCGAGGGCGAUGAGGACGAGAUGGAACAGGAGUUUUGGGAUCGGCCCACGAGGAAGGGGAGGCUGGAUGAGGCGACGAGGAAGAGGGCUGAGGAGGCGCUGAGGCUAUUGAAGUUGGUGACUAUUCUGUUUGGCGCCGCGAGGAAGAGGAGGUUGCUCGGUGACGCGAGGCUCAAGGAAGAUGUUAACAGGGUUGAUGGGAUCGCGGAGGCCGCGAAGAAUAUUUCGAGGCUGGUGGAUGAUGUGGGAAUGGCGUUCUACGAGGAUGAGGAUCUCGAGGAUGUGGACCGGAAACGAGACGAGCUGGUCAAGAAGGCGGUGGAGCUGGCGGAGUUGUGUGUACUCGGGAAUCAACAGGAGAAGGAUGGCUACUCGGCGUGGUUUGAGAAUUGUAAAGCUACGCUGCAGAAAUCUACAUGA